CGACCAUCCCCGGGGGAGAAUCCUGCCCCUUCUCGGAGAGCGAAGGAUGUCCUCGGAAAACAGUUUCCGCUAUCUCAUCCAGUGCUUCAGGGAGCGCCUGAAACGGUGCAUCCAGGUGGAGCCCGUGUUGGACUACCUGCCCUUUCUGCCGCCGGACGCGAAGGAGCAGAUUCAGAGCAAGGCGGCCACCGCGGGGAACAUGCAAGCCGUCGAGCUGCUGCUGAGCACCCUGGAACAGGGCGCCUGGCCGCCGGGCUGGCAGCGGACCUUUGUGACGGCCCUGCAGUGCACCGGCAGCCGCCUCGCCGCCCGCUACGUGGAUCCCGAGCUCGGCGAGCUGCCCUCGCCGUCGGUGGAGAACAGCCAUGACCAGUGUCUGCAACUGCUCAGCCUCCUGCAGCCCACGCUGGUGGACAAGCUUCUGGUUAAAGACGUCUUGGAUGAAGGUGUGGCGCAGGACCUGCUGACCCCCGAAGACCGAAACCGGAUUUCUGCUGCUGAAAACCAGGGAAAUGAAUCAGGAGUAAGAGAGCUACUGAAACGGAUUGUACAGAAAGACAAUUGGUUUUCUACAUUUGUGAUGGUUCUGAAGCAAACUGGAAAUGCCAACCUUGCCCAAGAGCUAACAGGCAUAGAAAGUCCUGAAGAAUCCGACACAAGUUUGGCAGAAGGAAGUGUCAGCUGCUUAGAUGAAAGUCUUGGACAUAACAGCAACAUGGGCAGUGAUUCAGGCUCCAUGGGAAGUGAUUCAGAUGAAGAGACUGAAACAAGAAGAGCAUCUCCCGAACCAGAACUGCGUCUCAGGUCUUACCAAAUGGAAGUGGCUCAGCCAGCCUUAGAAGGGAAGAAUAUCAUCAUCUGCCUUCCUACAGGGAGUGGGAAAACCAGGGUAGCUGUGUACAUUGCCAAGGAUCACUUGGACCAGAAGAAAAAAGCAUCCGAACUUGGGAAGGUCAUCGUCCUCGUCAAUAAGGUGCCUUUAGUGGAACAGCUCUUCCGCAAAGAGUUUGAACCAUUCUUGAAGAAAUCGUAUCAAGUUAUUGGAUUAAGUGGUGAUAGCCAACUGAAAGUCUCCUUUCCGGAGCUCGUCAAAUCUCAUGAUGUUAUUAUCAGUACAGCGCAGAUCCUCGAGAAUUCCCUCUUAAAUUCAGGAAAAGGAGAAGAUGCUGGCGUCCAGUUGUCAGACUUUUCCCUCCUCAUCAUUGAUGAGUGCCAUCACACCAACAAAGAAGCCGUCUACAAUACCAUCAUGCGGCGCUAUUUGAAACAGAAGUUGACAAACCAUAAACUCGAGAAAGAAAACAAGCGAGUGACCCCUCUCCCUCAGAUCCUGGGACUCACAGCCUCACCAGGUGUUGGAGGGGCUACCAAGCAAGGCAAAGCUGAAGAACACAUUUUAAAAAUCUGUGCCAAUCUUGAUGCAUUUACCAUUAUGACUGUGGAAAAAAACAUUGAUGAACUCAGGAACCAAAUAAAGGAGCCACGCAAAAAGUUUGUAACCACAGAUGUCACCAGAGAAGAUCCAUUUAAAGAGAAACUUCUAGAAAUAAUGAGAAAGAUUCAGACAUUUUGCCAAAUGAAUCCAAUGUCGGAUUUUGGAACGCAACCCUAUGAACAAUGGAUCAUAAAAACGGAAAAAGAAGCUGCAAGAGAAGGAAAUAGAAAAACCCGGGUUUGUGCGGAGCAUUUAAGAAAGUACAACGAGGCCCUACAAAUUAAUGACAUAAUCCGAAUGAUUGAUGCCUAUAAUCACCUCAAAACGUUCUAUAAUGAUGAGAAAGAAAAGAAGCUUGCAGUCCAGGAAGAGGACAGCAGUGACCAUGCUGAUGGCGGGGACAAAGACGGGGGUGCUGCGGAGAACCCUUGGAAAGUGGACGAAACAGAUCAGUUUCUCAUGGAUUUAUUUUUUGAUAAUAAGAGAAUGUUGAAAUAUCUGGCUGAGAAUUCAGAACAUGAAAAUGAGAAGCUGACACAAUUAAGAAACACCAUCAUGGAACAAUACACUAAGACUGAGGAAUCAGCCCGGGGAAUCAUUUUUACCAAAACACGCCAGUGCGCGUUCGCUCUUUCCCAGUGGAUUUCUGAAAACGAAAAAUUUGCUGAAAUAGGAGUCAAGGCACACCAUCUGAUUGGAGCUGGACACAGCAGCGAGUUCAAGCCCAUGACACAGAAUAAACAAGACGAAGUCAUUAGUAAAUUUCGCACUGGAAAAAUAAAUCUGCUAAUUUCUACCACAGUGGGCGAGGAGGGCCUGGAUAUCAAGGAAUGCAAUGUGGUUAUCCGCUACGGGCUCGUCACCAACGAAAUAGCCAUGGUCCAGGCCCGUGGUCGAGCAAGAGCUGACGAAAGCACCUACAUCCUCGUUGCCCCUUGUGGUUCAGGAGUCAUCGAACGGGAGAUCGUUAAUGAUUUCCGAGAGAAAAUGAUGUAUAAAGCUAUAGACCAUAUCCGUAACAUGAAACGAGAGGAGUAUGCUCGUAAGAUUUUGGAAUUACAGAUGCAAAGUAUAAUGGAGAAGAAAAUGAAAGUCAAGAGAAGUAUCGUAAAGCAAUACACGGAUAAUCCGUCACUAAUAAAUUUCUUCUGCAAAAACUGCCGUGUGCUAGCCUGCUCAGGAGAAGAUAUCCAUGUAAUUGAGAAGAUGCAUCAUGUCAAUAUGACACAAGAAUUCAAGAAGCUCUACAUUGUGAGAGAAGGCACGAAAAGCAAGUUUGCUGACUAUGAAACAAACGGCGAGAUUAUCUGCAAAUGUGGCCAAGCCUGGGGAACGAUGAUGGUGCACCGAGGUUUAGAUUUACCCUGUCUCAAAAUCAGGAAUUUUGUAGUUGUCUUCAAAAAUGAUUCAUUGAAGAAACAAUACAAAAAGUGGGUGGAACUACCCAUCACAUUCCCUGACCUAGACUAUUCAGAAUAUGUUCUGUUCAGUGAUGAGGAUUAGCAUUUGAUUCCAGGUUCUUCAAUAUAUAAUAGUAUUUUGAUGAAUGUUUUCAGGGUGAUACAAAAGGAAUGUAAGGAUUAAUAAAAAAAAAAUCAUUGCUUUGACUUUGUCUUUGCACUGAACACUUUAAAAGAAGACAACAUGCCAUUCGUCAAUUAUCCAUCUUGUUGGUGAGGUCAAGGAUGUACGAGUAAUAUUUAUUAGUGUAGGACAUAUGGAUGCAGCAGAAAACAUGGUGGCCUAUGGAUGAACGUCUAAGGUACAAGUCUUAUUCUAGAUUGAAAUUUAGUAAUGUCACUAAUUUCCAGAAUAAAACUAAGCAAAAACAGUU